ACUGAUCCAUCCCUGACCACCACACGGCAGAGCGUUAUUUUCUUCAGACUCCCUAGCACUGGAACAAGUCUCGCAAGGCAAGAGAGAAGUUCCACAAUUUCACAUUCAUUAUUAUCCGUGACCGGUCCAGUCAGUCUUCACCGCAUCGUCGGUCGGCCAGGUAAAGUAGCUGAAAUCCGCGUAGCAGAUAACUCCGCGCCGUAGAAAGAGAUUACCGUCAUUAGCGACCGCCUUAACUAUCCCGAGUGACAUGUGAUGACAGAUUUUAUUCGGGUGAUCGAUCCUGCGAUCCAUUGUGCUGUUUUAGUGCGAUCCGGCUCGAAGGACCAAACGGCAGGUUGGAACGCUCCUGUUGGUUUAAAUAGAUCAACCUCUUCCCUGUUAUGGUAUUUCUGGCCUCCUUUUAGGUAUUCAACGGGAUUUGAGAUGGAAGCCCAUAUGCACGCAUAUAUUUUGAAGUAGUAGGAUGGUCACCUAAAAUGGAUCUGAAUUAUAAAGGUGCACGAUGUCAGAGUCGACUUGCGCUACAUCAAUGUUUAGCCAUAGUUCUGAGGAAAGAAGGUUGCCAAGGUGAUCCUGGCGAUUUUUGGAUGUACGAAAAUGGAUAUCCACUGUUUCAGGGUCUCCUAUCAGCGAAUGCUGUAUGCUGGUGGAAUACCAGUUUGAGUAGUGCAACGAAAACUCUGGAGUAUAAGGGCUAUGUCAAUCCAGGUGCUUUACUGGUCGGAUCUGAGCCAUGCUCCUUGGAGAUACUCAGAAACGCUUGGGCAAGAAGGGUGCUCCAACCCCCACAGGGAUACCAGAUAGUGGCCUUAGAGGAAAUCGAGGGUUGUUAUGUGAAACCAAUCACCCAGACCCAAUGGACACCAUUACCAGAAGCUGUUUGUGCAGUUAUACUGAGGCUGUCCAGUCAAGGGAAACCGGCUGGGAUAGAAACGAUAAGGGAGUCCCUGUAUAUGGUUUUUCCCCAUGUUUCACCACCCAGCGAGCAAGUUUUAUACGAUACACUCGCGCAACUCACAGCAGAGAAAAAACUUUACCACACAGCUAAUGGCUACUUCAUUGUUACGCCAGAGAAACGGAGAUCGAGAAGUCUCUCAAGGGGAGGCAAGAGAAGAACAAUAGAUGAAAAUCAUGGUAAAAGCAUGCUUCUCAGUACAGAAGAAGCAAUAGCUAUAGUUCACGGAGAAAUGUCAACAAUAAGAGAUGGUAAUAUUACACACCAAUGCAUACAGACAAAUCUGGCCGAUGUUAUAAGUGGAGGAAAUGCUAGCGACAAAAUACUGUAUGCCAGACCUGGAAAAUACCACUCGAUCCAUUCCGGGAGAAACCAUGAUGGAAGGAGCUCCUUCAAGCUCUGGAGCUCGAGCAGGAGGAUCAGGAGAUCAGCAUCCACCAGGACUUUGGCGAAAAACUACCACGAUACCAGUAGUAGCACAGAUGGACCCCACAGUGAUACAUCUCCAACUCCAAAGAAAAGUUCCCUGUUCUCGAGAAUAUUCAGGAAGUCGAAGAGGUCGCAAUGCCACAUCCAGCACAAUGUCAAUGGCCAGUAUCCACCAACAGAAUGGUUCAAUUCUAAGGCUGUUCACUUACACAGCAUCGGCACUCAGACCUUAUGCGAAACGGAGUCCAUACUGCCAUACGAUACCUAUGAAAGUAGCCUGCCACGUUCAGCAACUCUCCCUAGGAGACAAAGACGUCGGUUAUCCGGCGAUCUGGCAUACAUGUCUUCCUAUGCGUCCAGAGAGAACUCACCCAUCUCCAAAUCAGCGACGAACACCAUGCCUAGCACCCCAGUGAAGUAUUCAUCGAGAAGCAGGGACAGCUCAAGGAAAACCAGCCGUUUGAGCCUGCACAAAACCUCCAGCAUCCAAGAGGACAACGAGAAGAAGGAAGAAACGGAGUUUAAAAGUGAAACCCCCAAUUCUAGUGAAGUUUCGGUGAAUCGGACGUUAGGACCCGAUAAAAAAUGCGAGGAAAGUCCAACUCUGCUCGCGACAAUCCCGAACAAGAGCUUGAUGCAGGUGGAUAACAGCGGUCCUUCCAGCAUCGAGUCUCACCGUAGCUCUAGAACGGGAAGUUCGGUCGGGAGUGGACCAUCUAGUGUCGAAUCUCACAAGACGGUGAUACCCAACAAUUCCCUGGUGAAUACGAAGUCGUCCCCGUCAAAAAGUUCCCCGAAGAAAGACCUUAAAAGUAAAUUACCAAAGACCGUUUGUAGCGCCAUGCCGCAGAGUAGUUCUUUCGUGCUAGAAGUGACAACCAGUCAAGGGAACUCUGUUACGAGUUCAAAAACCAACACCAAAACCACGGCGACCAUAAACAACGUGGCUGGGGGUGGGAAUACGAAGAUUUUCGUGCAAAAUUCUCCGGUUAGAUCAGUGAUAACCUUCAAGAACGGUCAGAGCGAUCCUAACCCCAACCUGGUCAUAAUCAACGGUACAGAAUCGAAGGCCUCGGAGGUUGAGGCAUCAUCUUCCUCGAAAAACACGAACCAUUUGAACGACCCUGCUACUAGUUUGAACAAUUCGAAGGAUAAUUCAAUCAGCGAGAACUCUAAAGAUGUACCGUUCAACACGAUGAAUAAUAACCGUAAACUGUCGCUUCAACUUCCGUCGAAGGAAAGUUUGAGUUACAACAAUUUGAUCAAGAACGUCUCCAGUAAAUUUCCCCCAAACUCUAGUACCGAUUCGCCGAUCAACAACACUUACAAAGAUUUCGCGAAGAACUGUAUAUAUUUGAGUACGCCGCCUAGUCCGACCAAAACCACGGAUGCUUUUCCGUCCCCUGGCAAUGUUUUCAUCGAGAACGAGUUGGACAACAAGCUGACUCUAGAAUCGCAAAAGAUCGAGAAGAAUCUUCUCGGUUCCGAGCCCAAUAUCUAUUGUAAGGAGAAGACGUUUGCCAAAAACGGGACAAUAGAGGCCUGUCCCAGUCUGAACGAUUUGACGUUCAAUUUUACCAGUUUGGCGGCGCAAAAAAUACUGAAAGGCGUCAGUAUUAACAGUGUUGAUACCUUAGUCGAGCUCAGCAUGGCUAAUGGAGAAAAGCAAAAUAACUGUGAUGUGGUUCAUACGGACUUCGGGAUUUUCUGAAAGGUUAGGUUAGUCCUAAGAGAUCAAACUAUUUUUUCAUGACGAUGUGUGUCUUAAAUAUUUCCAGUAAACACCAGUUUUAUAAGAAACAAUUCGAAUUUUCCAAAGGCUAGUGAUAUCUAGAUAGCGGGCUAGCAAUUAUCGAUGAUUCCACGCAAAUUUCUAAAUCCCGAUCGAUAGGUAGAUUCCUGCCCAGAAUUGGAGCUGAUUUCGAGCUCCAAGAAAACACUGAAUGAUUAAAGAUUUGAGUUAAAAAGUUCUGUGUUUUCAUUCAAAUUCCCCAAACAGAAUAUCUUCUCAGCGGAGUUCAAACUAACUAAGAGUGAUAAGAAAGUAUAACACUGUUUCGCUCUAGAUGCGUCGUACAAUGAAAGGCCUGUUGAAUUCGUCCAAAGUAAUGGUGAAGUACAAAUCAUUGCACUUAGAAUAAACCGACACUUACAAUAGCACUUCAAUAAACUCCAGACAAAAUAUUCUACUUUGCAUUGAUUUCCAAUAAGCUGGAUUUUCGUCCAAGUCUUAAGACAGGUCCACACUACUCGUGUUCCUGCUCGUGCUCGCCCUUCUAAUAGGCUGCUGUGGCUUUUCUGACUUCUAUCAUUGUCCAUUGCUUGUCAAGCUUUAACUCGCGAGGUUUCGCUUCAUGUGCAGGCUUGUCGUCGUCCACAUGAGGUUUGAGUCACCCUUUUCUUUGAUAUACCGACAACAAGCUUGUCUUUCGGCCCGAGGUAUCGUCCACUUUACUGGCAAGCCACCCGAGUUACAUAAACACAAGCACGAGCAGUGUGGACCGGCCUUAAUUGUGGCUCCGCUUGUUGUUGGUACAUCAAAGGAAAGGAUCGCUAUGCUUGACGAGCCACUCGUGUCAUGUGAACGACCAAAAGCCUGCAAAUGAAGCAAAUCCUUUUAAGUCAAAUCGUGGACAUUGAUAGACGAGACAGACGAGCCACACCAGCCUACUAGACAAGCCCAAGGCGAGCGAGCACGAGCACGAGUGGUAGUCCUUUAGGUUGAUUCAAAUACUACGUCAAAAGUCUCGAUCGAUUCCGCUUGUGCGUUGGUUUUAUCCGACGUAAACUGUCAGAAAUUUUGGUUUUUCGAGUAUAUCGCUGAAACAGUGGGUGCUACUGGAAAAAUGAACGGGAGUAAAUUUGUAAGUCUUGAAAUUCUCUACAAGAAACGUAUCAAUACUUUUUCUCCUAAGGGCCGCCCUUCUCGAGUUAUCGUGAUUCCAAAAUGUUGGGAAUUCGUACUUCUGACUCUUCUGAGGUCGGUCCUUUUUUUACCAGGUUUUUCCAACCAUAAAUUUCGAUUGAGAGAAUAUAAUGAUAUUUCAUCCAUUUCACGAUUUUUUACCUCUGACCUCGGAUCAAAAACAACGCACAAGCAGGGAAAUAUUUGUAACGACAUAUUAGAAACCUAUACCACAAUCUAGCUUGUUGGGAAUUCAUGUAAACUAGUUCUUUCGACUAUUCUGACUGGACUAAAUUUUAGUAACUUUCAAUUCCUUUGAACACCAUUAAUCAGAGGUGAAAAUUGUUUACGAAUAUGUACGAAACUUUAUGUAUAAAUAUAUCAAACUAACGAUUGACAAUGAGAAUAAGAAUAAGAACAUUUUACAACGCCAAUAGUAACUUGACCCAGAGCUUAUUAAUCGUAAUUAUCAAUCACCACUUUAUUGAGAAUAAAUAAUCAAUUAAAACACUAUGCUACCUUUCACAAGAAAGUUAGUUUUAGUUUUUUUCAUAUAGCCAUGCGACUACACCAAGUUUCAAUAAUCCUAGUCUUCCUGUAAAGACGAAAAAACGGCACACAAUUUUUAGAAGAAUCGCUGCCAUAACCUUUGUACCAAUACAUAUAACUUGAAUAUAUUAUUACUAAGUCAGUUUUAUUUCUUCUACAGAAGAUACUAUAUAUGAUAGUAAUCACAGCUUUGAAAAUGUGCUAUUUCGAUUUAUUUUUAUGUAUAUUAUACUUAUUGAGUCUUCAUAUAUCAGAAUGCCACUAAAUAUAUAGGUACACAUUUUUUAAUGAUCUGUAUUUGAAGUUGUAAAUGAUGAACUAUGUAAAUAAAUGAUGGCUUGGUUA